AUGUCGAAACCUGUGGCUAUUAUCACGGGAGCUGCGUCUGGCAUCGGGUUGAGCCUUACCCGUCACCUUCUCAGCUCUGGGUGGCGAGUGGCAAUGGCUGACCGCAACGAGGAGAAGGGCAGAGCUCUCGAAAAGGAGUUGGGUCCCGACGUGAUGUUCAUGAAGGUGGACGUUUCAAAAUAUGACCAGCAAGCAGCCCUAUUCCAAUCCGCAUUCGAAUGGGGCAACGGCCGCCUCGAUUUCCUCGCAGCCAAUGCAGGUAUUGAUGAUCGCCAAAGCUUGUAUGAAGGAGUGCUCAAUACACUCGGGCCCCCGCCAGAGUUGAACACGGAUUGCAUUCAAGUGGACAUGAUCGCGGUGCUGCAGGGUGUCUGGCUUCUAUCACACUAUGCACGCCGCAACAAAGUGCCCGGCGGGAAGGUGGUGAUCACUUGUUCGGGAGCCGGAAUCUACCCGAUGGAAACAAACCCGCAAUAUACAAUGGCAAAGCAUGGACUCAUCGGCCUUGCUCGAUCUGCGGGUCCACGCUUCAAGGAGGAGAAUGUGACAAUCAACUGCAUUCUUCCUGGUUUUGUCAAGACAGGGUUGGCACCUCCUGAGAUGAUAGACAGGAUGCCCCAGGAGUACGUGACGCCUAUGUCAACGGUGCUGCGAGCGUAUGAUAUGUUUCUGCGUAGCUCUAAAAUGACAGGUCAGGCGGUAGAGUUAUCGGGAGACCAGCUGCACUUUCACUCUGUCCCCAACUAUCCGGAUGAGAUCUCGAGAUGGUUACAUGAAGAUGCAAAGAAACUGUGGAGUGAGGUCUAUGCAGUAGGAAGUGCUCCAAAGUCAUCGUAG